AUGGCAGCUCUCGACUAUGCCAGUUUCCCGCACAUCUUCGCCGACGUGAUCAAGCACUGCGACCUUCCGACGCAGAAUCGGCUCCGCCUGCUGUCUUCUUCGGCCAAGAAUGUCGUUGACCGCCAACACUGUCGUUACCUCCUCGUCAUCCACGAGCGAAAUCGCCUACAGCUCUUCGGGCUGUACAGCCGGGAAGAGAUUGCGAUCUCGCCCUUCUUCAAACUGCCCUUUCUACAGAAGUGGAAGGGUAUGCUUCCAGUCUCGGCAGAGAAGGAGAGCGAGGAGAUCAAGGCGCUGGAGUUUGCGAUGCGGAAUACGCGCUUUGUCGGCCUCCACGCCCCUCACGUCGAGGCCCUCAGCUUGGACCACGGCACAAGUUCCAGCGAAGCGAGCAACGCGAGCGGCAGCGACCGCAGCAGCAACGAGGGAAGCGAUGAAGAGGCCACCGAUGAUCCCGUGACUCUCGACCCACCGCCUUCCCUCCAGCUCUUGCAUCGCGACACCUGCAUCAAGCUGACACAUGCCGUCUCGGCUCUCCCCGACAACCAGCUCCGGCACUCGAUCCGUCUUCCCCCUGUCAACGAGCUGCAGGUCGACGUCUUCAACCACCUGGGCAGGACCUGUGCCUGCGACCCGCGGUAUCGCGUCGUGCACUCUGCGAGCAAGCUGCAAAUCGCCGGCAUCAUGAACACGUCGUCGUUCUGCAGUUUCCCUGUCACCGUGCUGACGCCCGAGGUCCGUGAACUCGACAUUGUCGUCGACGACCUGGCUGGCGCAGGAGCAUACAUUGAUGUGAUUCGCGGUCGACCGAUCAACCCUAGGCUAAAGGUCACCGUGUACUGCGCUGCCAGCGGAAGCUUCUACCCGGACUGGCCAGACUACCAGAGCCGGUGGGGGGACGAUCUCGGCGUUCCGGUGGAUAUUCGGUUCGACAACUAG